AUGUGUCAGCUGUACAUGAAGGCAGCUGACGUGGGCAAACUGAAAGGAGAGACACGACUCGGUCGAUACGUUUUCUUCACAGCACCGCCAUCAUACCCUAAGAACAUGAGGGAGACCGGGAUCCAUGAUUUGGUCUGCGGAAGAUACAUACGGGACGAGUUUCACAGGGAGCCAAAUAUCAACAAUCAAAUGAUGCGCAAUGCGAGAGAGCUCAUCAUGCAAUGUUACUACAAGUCUGGGACGACGCCGAAGAUUGUGCAAAUGUCCGGAACUCCAAUUCGACUCGGCGCACGAGACUUGGUGGGGAUCGCCUCUCUCUGGUCAUUGUGUAUCAUGUUCAAGCAAACGGGAUAG